AUGAAUUUAGAAUUACUUAAAGGUAUUCAGUUUCAAAUGUUAAAAUCUGAUGAUAAUUGUUCAAAUCGAAUACCAGCUCAUGCUAUUCGAUUUGCUCCAUUAGAACAUUUACUUGAUGUUAUUGAUGGAAGUGAAAUUCAAACAUUUAGUGAUAAUAUGCAACGUUACAGUGAUAUUCUUCUUGCUACAAUGACUGCACGUGCACGUCUUUCAUCAAGUGUAGCUAAAUAUGAAAAUCUUGUUUCUAUUCCAAUGCCUAAUUGGGCUGGUAUUGGAGCUAUUCGUUACAUACCAAAUGAUAUUAAUAUAAAUGAACAGUCUAAUGUAUCAUCAUAUGAUAUAAAUACAAUUCAAGCUGAAUUAGCAAGAAAAUUACAAGCAAAUGAUUCAGCAUUUUCAUUAGGUGGUGGUACAAAUGAACAUGAUUCAAUGUUUUAUUUACGUUUAGGAAUGAUUAGAAAAUGUGAUGAUCUUGAUGUAUUAUUACAAAAAAUAUCUGAUAAUGGUAAAGAAACAGAAACAUCAUUAAAAUAUGUUGAAGAUAUGGCAGAAAAAAUUAAAGUGGGUAUAGAAAAAGUUCAAAAAGAUUUACAAAAUGAAAAUCAACAAAUACUUGCACAAGAAGGCCUUUUAAGACAAUUACCAGUUAUUUCAAAUAUCAUGUCAUGGUGGAGUCCAUCUCCAACAACAUCACCGUUAGCUAUGAAAGGUCGAUCAUUUGAUUUAAAUUCUGGUCGUAUUGAAUCUACUGAAGAUACAUAUGUUUAUCGCAUGCAAAUUGACAAACAAUCUCCUCAUGCACUUACACAUAAUGACGGUGAAACAGUUACACUUUCAACAAGUACUGAUCUUGCAACAAAUUCUACUGAUAAUAUUGCUGAACAACAGCAAACCCAAUAA